AUGACGACCUCUCCUGCAGACUUGAUCUUCAUCACCGGAUCUACCGGAUUUAUUGGCUCGCAAGUGACUGUUCUAGCCCUCGAAGCCGGCUAUCGAGUGCGACUCAGCGUUCGUAAAGAACAGCAGAUCCAGAAGCUCAAGCAGCUUUUCCACCAGUUCGUAUCGAAUAUCGACUUCGUGGUGGUCCCUGACAUUACGUCUCCCGGAGCUUUCGACAGCGUACUGGAUGGUGUCCGCUACGUCUUUCACUUGGCUUCGCCAAUGCCGGGAAAGGGCGCGGAUUUCCGCAGUGAAUACGCUGAACCUGCCGUAAGAGGGACGGAGACGAUGUUGUCUUCUGCGGACAGGGCGAAUAGCGUGGAGAAGGUCGUUAUAAUGUCCUCCGUCUUGGCUUUGAUGCCAUUAGGUGCGCUUGGGGCCAAAGAAGGCAUCUUCAAUGAAUCUCCCAAAACAGACCUGUCCAUAGAUCUGGACAUGGAAUUCCCUGCAGGUCCAGAGGGUUCAGGUGCGAUGUAUCAAGCAUCGAAGAUCCUGGCACAUCAAGCCACCCACGCUUUUAACAAGACGCACAAGCCCCAUUAUACCCUCGUCACUCUUCACCCAUCAUUUGUUCUUGGUCGCAGCCUGGUUCAACACUCUGCUGAGGAAAUUGACGGUAUCAACGCCUUUCUGUGGCAGUCACUCCAGCUUGAAACUCCUUUCUUCCCACCGGCCUGGGUUCAUGUCAAGGAUGUCGCAGAGGCCCACUUGAAGAUUUUAGAGCUGGAUAUAGCGACUGGUGAAGAGUUCGUGCUUUCUGGUCACCCUUUUACCUGGGAUGAUGUCGCUACGUUUGUUAGGGAAAAGUAUCCCGAGGUGAACACCAAACUGCAAGGGCCGUUCGACCCAAGCAUUACUGUCGAUUCGAGCAAAGCACAAAAGACGCUCGGAUUCAAGUGGAGAACGAUGGAAGAUAUGCUGGUCGAUGUAUAUGAAUCGACUGCUGCGUCCGCAGAGGAGAUCCGAGUUUACCUGUCAAGAGAUCCAGAAUAUCGCAGACUGGACGAACUGCAGCAGAAGGGUUGGAGCAAUCCAGCGGGCGACCAUUUCUUUGCAGAGAGGCGCUACAAGUCCGACAACGCGAGUAAAGCAGUUCAGAGGAGUCUUCUUGGGAUGAUGAUCAAUAUUGGACGUGACCUUCAAGGCAAAAUUGGCGCUUUUGAUCUACCCAGCAACGGCGACCGCCCGGUGAUAUUGGACCUUUGCAUGGCCCCUGGUGGAUUAGUCACGUUCGCAUUGGAAGUCAACAAGUCUGCAAAAGUGGACGCAUUCAGUCUGCCUUCGGUCAAAGGAGGUCACAACGUCAUGAUCAACUAUGGGCCACAAGACGAGCGGGUCAAAGUGAAAUUCAUGGACAUCACCAUGUUUGCAGAGGAGUUUGGAUCUCCUGUCGACAACAAGCACCAUCUGGACUGGACGAGCUUGAGACAAAAGUGGCCAUAUCAUACUCCUCACUACGAUCUAGUCAUCUGCGAUGGCGUUCCUAUGCGUGGUCAGAAUCUCGACGACAAUGCCAUCAGUGUACAGCCCAUGCGGCUCACCUGUGCUGAGUUGUAUCUCGGACUGAAGAAAAUCCGACGUGGCGGAACCUUGAUCGUGCUUCUACACAGAAUCAACAAUGUCAGGACAUUCCGGAUCAUCAAAAUGCUGCAUGGAUUCAGCUCCGUUCAGGUCUUCAAACCCACCAAAUCUCAUGCAAUCAGAUCUUCGUUCUAUCUGGUAGCCAAGAACGUUCAAUCUGACUCUUCAGCUUGCCUGAGAGCUAUGAAUCUGUUCAAAACCGUCUGGGAAUAUGCUACCUUCGAGAACACCAGCCAAGAGACGUUCAGGUUGUGUACUGAGCUUACUUUAAAGGAGCAGUCAUUGUCGACUGAACUUGAGGAGUUUGGCCCAUGGUAUACCGAGCUGGCUCGUCCGGUCUGGAGGACACAGGCGGAUGCUUUGGCUGUUGCGUCUUUCACCCAGAAUCACGAUGCUGCCUCUUAG